GCGUACUCUCAGGCUGCGCAGUAACUCAGUCCUUUCUGCAUUUCGGAGAACAUUUGUGGAGAGACGCUCCUAAGGAUGUCCGCGGCUCUGCGCGCUCAGCUCUUUCUCUGUCUUGUUUCCCUGCUAUCUGGAAUUGGACUCACUCGUUACAUCGAGGACAUCGAUGCUUCGGAUGGAUUGUAUUCUCUGAUCAGUUUGGCCCAGAAAAGAGACUCAGAGGAUUUUAUUUUUCGCCGACCUCUUAGAUGCUUGGACAUGCUGGCAACUGAAGGCUAUUUCACAUUUGUUGCAACUCGGCCACAGCUGGCUUGUGCUGCCUUCAUCAUCGCUGAGCCCAGUGAGGUCAUCAUUCUUGAGCUCUCUGACGUCAGCAUUGACUGCAGUGCUGGAGACUUCAUUAAGAUUUUUGACGGCUGGGUUCUGAAAGGUGAGAAGUUCCCCAGCAGCAAUGACCAUCCUCUCCUCCCACACGAGCGCUACACAGACUACUGCUCGUCUGCUGAAUCAACAGUCUCCGGCCGGUCCUCCCAGAAUGUUGCCAUGAUCUUUUUUCGCAUUCAUAGCCCUGAGAGUGGCUUCACCCUUGCUGUUAAAAAAGUGAACAACCCUUUCCCCUGCAACAUUAUGUCCCAAAAUCCAGAGGGCAGUUUCACCAUGGUGAUACAGCACCAGCGCCGCAACUGCAGCUUCUCCAUCAUCUACCCAGUGGAGAUCCGACUCACAGAUCUGAGCUUAGGGGAUGCCAAAAACAAUGAGAUCAGCCCGCUGAGACAGAUAUGGCCAGGCUGCUCAGGAUCUGGUGACUAUGUGGAGCUGCUGGGAGGAAAUGGAGUAGACACCUCCAAGAUGUUCCCUGUAGCCGAUCUGUGUUUCUCCCUCAGUGGGCUCGCCCAGAUGAAGAUAGGUUGUGAUAACUCUGUGGUGAGGAUGGUCUCCAGUGGGAACUAUAUUAACCGUAUUAACUUCCAGUAUCGACUACUGGAUCAAAAUGAGAUUCCCAAACCCAGAGAGAACAGUCUGGAAAACUUCUGCUCUGUGGAAUGAAAAGUACCAGCACCAAGGAAAGUACAAUUGUGAACUUAAGGAAGACAAUCACAAGAUUAUCCAACUUUUCUGUGGAAAACACAACUUGUGCACACAACUUUACUGUUUAACUCAUACCAUAAAUAAUAGCAUUGUAUUUUCCAAAUGUUUUAGUCAUUGUUGUAAAAAUGCUUGUUUGAUAAGCUAUUUAUUCCAUUUUGUUUUGAUGUUAUUUCAAUUUUUUAUUGUUUCUUGAUGAUGCUGGAUUGAAUUGUUGAAUCAGUAAUGUGUGACAUACUUGCAGGACGGAACUGGUUGCUCUAAGUUUUCAUUUGUUUCUGUUUUAUUUUACAUUUCUUUAGUUCUUCUGCUUUUUUUUUUGACUGACAAUAUGAAAAUAAAUAUGACUUGCAUGA